AUGCUAAUUUACACACAAGAAGACAAGAUACUUCUAGCUAUCGAGGCGAUCCGAUCAGCCUGCGCUGCCGGCCGAAAGCUAAGUGUGUUGCGUGCUGCGAAGACUUAUGGUGUCCCUAAAAGUUCCGAUUCUAAAGGAUUUCCUUUACGCCUCAGCAGUGUGGAAGAUAUGGCUAAUCUCCUGCUGCUCGCGCGUAAUGGCAAGCCUGUUGGCAAGCGAUAG